ACUGUUCUGUGAUCCUGUGCUAACUAGCCAUGGACUACAACCGUGUUUUGAUCUUGUUAUUUAUUUUAAACUGUAUUGUUACUGACAGUAUAUAAAGGAAACCAGUCGAUUGUCAUUGAGGGAAAAGAAAUUGUUUAUUUGAAUUUUGUGUUGUGUUUGGCGGCUGCUCUUGGUCAAACAAAUAAAAGUAGCUUGAGUUAGAAAUCUCAUUUUAUGUCAAUGAGGUGGAGUUUUACCAGCUAACAAAUAUAAUUUUGGUACUUUAACUGUGAGAAAAUAGUAAAGAACUCAUCAUGCCGAGAAUAAUGAUAAAAGGAGGCGUUUGGCGCAAUACGGAGGACGAGAUCCUGAAGGCAGCAGUGAUGAAGUACGGCAAGAACCAGUGGUCGCGGAUCGCGUCGCUGCUGCACCGCAAGUCCGCCAAGCAGUGCAAGGCGCGCUGGUACGAGUGGCUGGACCCCAGCAUCAAGAAGACGGAGUGGAGCCGCGAGGAGGACGAGAAGCUGCUGCAUCUGGCCAAGCUGAUGCCGACCCAGUGGCGCACCAUCGCGCCCAUCAUUGGCCGCACUGCCGCCCAGUGCCUGGAGCGCUACGAGUACCUGCUUGACCAGGCGCAGAAGAAAGAAGAAGGUGAAGAUGCCGCAGAUGAUCCGCGCAAGUUGAAACCUGGUGAGAUCGACCCAAACCCUGAGACGAAACCAGCUCGUCCGGACCCCAAAGAUAUGGAUGAAGAUGAGUUGGAGAUGCUGUCUGAAGCCAGGGCAAGGCUGGCAAACACGCAGGGAAAGAAAGCUAAACGCAAGGCACGAGAGAAGCAGCUUGAAGAAGCCAGAAGGCUAGCAGCUUUGCAGAAACGGCGGGAGCUGCGUGCGGCUGGCAUAGAGCUGGCGCCCCGCAAGAAGAAGAAGCGAGGCGUGGACUACAACGCGGAGAUCCCGUUCGAGAAGCGGCCUGCGCCGGGCUUCUACGACACGAGCCAGGAGGUGGUGGACCCGCUGGCCCCCGACUUUGCGCGGCUGCGGCAGCAGCACCUCGACGGGGAGCUGCGCACGGAGAAGGAGGAGCGCGACCGCCGCAAAGACAAGCAGAAGUUGAAGCAACGGAAAGAGAACGAUGUCCCGUUGGCGAUGCUGCAGAACCAGGAACCGGCUAAGAAGAGAAGUAAGCUCGUGCUGCCUCACCCGCAGAUAACAGACGAGGAACUGGAACGGGUGGUGAAGCUGGGGCGAGCGAGCGAGGCGGCCCGGGAGGUGGCCGCGGAGGGCGGCCGGCAGCCCUCGGACGCCCUGCUGGGGGACUACGCCCUCGCGCCGGCGGGCCCCGCGCGCACCCCGCGCACGCCGGCUCCCGCCACCGACCGCAUCCUGCAGGAGGCCCAGAACGUGAUGGCCCUCACUCACGUGGACACGCCCCUCAAGGGGGGCACCAACACACCGCUGCACGGCUCGGACUUCGGAGGCGUGGCGCCCCAGCGCGAGGCCGUGCACACUCCCAACACGGUGCUGGCCACGCCCUUCAGGAGCGCGCGCAACGAGGUGCGCACGCCUGGAUCGCAGACUAGCUUCAGCACUCCUGGCCAAGAAGUGGUGCUUCACGGCAGCGCACGGGGCCAAGUUCCGACGCCCAUCAGAGACAAGCUCAGCAUCAACCCUGAAGAAGGCUUGGAGACCCCUCAGGCCUUCUCGCACUACCAGCGACAGGUGAAGGAGCAGCUGCGGCAGGGCCUCGGCAUGCUGCCGGCCCCGCGCAACGACUACGAGAUAGUCGUGCCCCAGGAGGACGAGGACGCCGAGCUGCCCCCCGAGCAGGGCCGUCUGCUGGAGGACCAGGCAGACGUGGACGCCCGUCGCCUGCAGGAGAUCAAGGCCAGGAGGGAACAGGAGCUUCGCAGUCGAUCUCAGGCAGUUCAGAGAGACCUGCCACGACCACAAGAAAUCAACAUGGCGGUGUUGCGACCCCCGCACUCGGACCCACCGCUUACGGAACUGCAAAAGGCAGAAGAACUAAUCAAAAGUGAAAUGGUGACGAUGCUGCAUUACGACGCAGUGUACUCACCCGUGCCGCUGCUAGCAGACUCUAAGAAACUGCGCAGCCAGGUCGCGACCCAGGCACAGCACUUGGCCUUUCUGGAGCAGCAUCCUUACGAGAACUGCAGCACUGACACUUUGCAGCAGGCCAGAGAAAUGCUGAAGCAGGAGAUGGAAUUUGUAAAACAAGGAAUGGGCCACGGCGACCUCUCGUUGGAGUCAUACACGCAAGUGUGGGAAGAAUGUCUGGCUCAGGUCCUGUUUUUGCCAAACCAAAAUCGUUACACUCGUGCCAACCUCGCUAGCAAGAAGGACAGGCUAGAGUCUCUGGAGAAGAGACUGGAACAGAACCGAGGACACAUGACUCGUGAAGCCAAACGCGCAGCCAAGAUGGAGAAGAAGCUGAAGAUUCUUACGGGUGGCUAUCAGUCACGAGCACAAGCCCUGAUCAAGCAGCUGGUGAGUCUCUUCGACCAGAUUGAGCAGUCGCAGCUGGAGCUCUCUACGUUCAAGUUCCUGCAGCAACAAGAGAUGGCGGCCAUUCCUCGCAGGAUAGAGUCGCUAACGGAGGAUGUAAUGAGACAAACAGAACGUGAGAAGGGUUUGCAGAAAAAGUAUGCAGAGCUGAAAAGUGAGUUGGAGCAGUUGCAACAAGCCUGAACUUAGCGACUGCUUAUGUGCAACAGUGUUACAAAGAAGUAAUUCAUUAUUAUCCUUGGUGCUGUUCUGGGACUUAUGAAAACAUAAAAUUAGCUACAAAAGCUUGCUUUGAGGGAAUCCUGAAGACUUCAGCACAACUUCAAGAUUUAUAGGCCAAAAUAUUAUAAGAUGUUUAGCAGGUGUGUGUCUUGAAACACUAUUGAUUAAAGGUUUUUUUUUCCAUAAUUUAGAAUGCAAAUAGAUGGAUAUCCUGUGUUAUACUUAACCAGGGCAGAGAAAAGAAGGUGAUUGUUGGAUAUUAAGUGUGAUUUCAUGGUGUGUAUUUGAAAAUUAUUUCUAUAGAAUAGUAACUUUUUUGACUACAUAAUAUUUUUGUGCCAUAUUUGACCCUUUUUUAUAUGUUGGUUUCUCCAAAUACACUAUUUCUGCAGAACGACAGUAAAAUUUGGCGAACAUCAAGUAAGAAGGCACUCACAGCUCUCUAAAAUUUGUCUGUACAAAUUUGUAAGAACCUAACCAUCUCUGUGUAUAUUCUUUUAAAAAUGCUAUUAUAUGUAUUUCCUGCAGGGAUUUUAAAGUCACAAUGUUUUGUCAAAUUGCUCACACAUUGGGAUGCAGAAAAUAUGUCUUUUAAGUUUGUGUAUCUCCAUUGAACCUAUCCUUACUUCACUCUGAAAUGUUUAAGUCAUUAGUAGCUUUGUGCAUAUUAACUAUAUUUGACAAUUGGAGAUUUUUGCAGACAAAGGAGUGUUAGACAUCAAGUGGAUAGGUGAUCAAGUGUUUGAAUAUUUAUAUUAUGGUAAAAUAUGUGACCUAAGAAAUGUGUGUGAAUAUCAGGCAUUUGCAAAGAAGAAGAAGAAAUAACUAAGAGUGAAAAUUUGGGAGAAAAGGGUGUGUGGAAGAGGAUAGAAUUUUACUGAAAUGUUGCUGUGGAAGGUAAUAAAUAACCAUUACCAGGAA